AUGGCUGCCAACACCCUCUGCUGCCCUGUCCUUCAGGAGAUCCUGAAGCUGUGCCGCGUUAAUUCAGAGUUGAAGCAGGUAAGAUCAUCGACAUGAACACAUGCCAAUGUGAACGCCGUGUGGUGUGUGUGCAGGAGCUAAAGGCCAUGAAGGACGACAAUCAAAACCUGCUGGACAAAGUUCAAGUGUUGGUACGCGCCACCCACUCAUUCACACAUGAGCAGAUCGACGUCCAUUCAUUCUACGUUUGUCUGUGGGUGUUGCUGUCAUGCAGGUGCGUCCCGGCUACAACGCCAGCAUCAACGGACCCAACAGCGAGGUAGGCGAACAGAAUGAGAGGCGGCGGUACAUCUACAAAGCACAAUCUGAUCUGCUUGGUCCGUGUGAACAGGCGUUCCCCGUGUUCAAUCCGGCAGUCAAGUGCGAGCGCCUGCGCCAUCAAGUAUGUGUGGUGGUAGCAAAGAUGUAAGUCUAAAGUGUGCAGGACAUCUCCUUUGUCAUUCCUUGUGUUGUGCAGGAUCACCACUGUCGCCAGCCGCCCUACAAGUUCAAUAAGUGCCCGUGACAGUCGGCGGCAGCCAUCGGUCAGCGAGACAGAUAAAGAGAGAACCAUUAGAACAUUUCUGGUUUCUGUUUGCCUGUGCAGGCUGCCGCCUGACAUACAGGGAGGAGCUCGAGGACUUCUGGAGGGGUCGGUGCUUCAACUGCGAGCGGCUGGGCCAUCAUGGCAGUGUGUGCUGGCACCUCCCGGUCCCUCCCCAUCUCCGCCACCCCCGGCCCCCUGCCCGCUUUGGGGGCUGGGGGAGCCCCUGUAA